AUGAUUGGCUUGUACAUUCACAUGAUUGUUGCAGUGAAUUUGUUAGCGGUUGCGUCAGCGGCAAGCAAGGCUAAACUGCGUGGGAAGAUGACCCGGAUGAUAACAAUUUCGUGCCUCGUGUUAACAUUUGUUACACCCUAAAUCGAUUUGUUCCUCUUCCUUGCAUUUGCUGGGAAAGCCAACCUGUCCACUACUGAAAACUUUUUUCUCGCUUUCUUGACAUUUUUCACAAACUGCAUCAACCCCUUAAUCUACGGAUUAAGCAACAAAAAAAUUUCGCCAAAGCUACAAAAAUGUUUCCUCUGUCUUGUUUUGAAUGAGUGCUUGAUGAAACAACAGGAAGAUCACAAAAGAUGA